AUGUGUCUCGGAGUUUGCGAAUCUUGCUGUUCAGCUGGAGAACCAGUUAGCUUCCGUUCGGUCAUCAAUGUCGAAAGCAAGAUUCGCCAACGCAAAGGAGAGCAGAAAGCAGAACACACUGAAGAUGAGCAAACAAAAGCUAAGGAAGUGCCUUCCUUUCGUCCAUUCGGGAUUUUAGAACCUACACCAGCGAAGGAAGCACGGAAGUCAAUGCACACUGUUCUGCAAGUAAGUCUCCCAUCGUUGUUUUCGGGUCUAACAAGGGUAGGGUUUGAUUUCGUUUCAGACUUCUGAGA